AUGUUAUUUUAUCACAUAAUGGCUGAUUCCCUUUCUGGAAUUGCAAUUAUUAUUUGCAUUGCAUUUGGUAUUUUAACUUUUGUACUUCUCUUCAUAUUUGGAAAUAGGCAAAUUAAAAGAUUUUCUUUAAAAUCCAGAUCUGGUCCUCAUAUACCUAUAGCCCAAGAUGCACCAAAAUCACUUCAGAAUGAAAUAAAUAGAAGAUUAGAAAUUGUCAAAACCAUAUUUUAUCAACCUCCUCUUUUGAAAAAAUCUGAUGAAAAAUUCUUUCAGGAGGAGCAGCUUUCUUGCCACAAUGACUAG